AUGUCCAGCCCCGCGGCAGUGCGCGGGGCCCCGGGGGCCCCGGGGGCCCCGCGGGCCCCGGGGGCCCCGGGGGCCCCGGGGGGCCCCCGGGGCCUGGGGGCCCCCAGGGGGCCCCCCAAGCCCCGGCCGCCCCCCCCGCCCCGCACCAAAGGCUCUGUGCAGUCCCUCAUUCAGUUUUUAGAGUCCUGCGGGGGCCAGGGGCCCCUGAGGGGGCCCCUGUGGGGCCCCCGAGAUGACCGCUAUGAGCGUUUUGUGGGCUUUCUGGUGGGGCGGGGGAGGCCCCAGCCCGAGUGGGUGACCCCCUCGAGUGCGCAGCAGCAGCUGCUGCUGCAGCAGCAGCAGCAGCUGCAGCAGCAGCAGCAGCUAGAAGCUGCUGCUGCCUCUGCAGCUGCAGCGCGAGAGGAUCUCGACAGCCACAAACACAGACACAAAGAGGCAAGGGGGGCCCCCGGGCUUAAACACUUUCUUCCCACAGUUCCUUCUUUGCAUCUUUUUUCAAAAGGGGGCCUCUCCUUUCCCCUGAAGCCCAGGGGGCCCCCCGGGGGGCCCCCCCCCCUGAGGGGCCCCCUGGCCCCCCCGGGGGCCCCCCUCGCUGCUGCGCGCCUGCGCCGCAGCAGCCACCGGGGGGGCCCCCAAGAAGUGGCCAUUUGUGUGGUGGAGUUUUCUUGUUUGGACUUGCGGCUGCGUCUGUCUCUUUUAAAGGAGGCCUUAAGGGUUUGGGAGAGACACAAGUUGCUGCUGGGGGCCCCUGAGCAGCAGCGCAGCAGCCACAGCCACCGCUGGGCGCAGCUGGGGGCCCCCGACCCGCGGGGGCCCCUGGGGGGCCCCCCCCGGGGGGCACGGGGGGCCCCCAGCCCCCCCCACGACCAGGGGCCCCUGCUGCUGCCUGCAGCUUCGCCUUUGCUGCAGCAGGGGCCCCCAAGUGACCCCAGAGACUGGCUUUUGGCUGUGUCUUUGGAGGCCAGCCUCGCAGGGGGGCCCCCGGGGGCCCCCGAGGCUUCUGCGGGGGCCCUUCUCAAGGCUUUGCCCCCCCAGGCCAAGACAGGUCUUUGUGCCUGGCAGGGGGCAAGAAGCCGCAUUAAAAAGGCCCUUUCCGCUCUCAAAAAGGGGCGCAUUAGAUUUCCUUCUCCCCCAGAAAACAGUCCCCUUUCGAGUCCCAGGGGGCCCCCCGGGGGGCCCCCUGAAAAGGCGGCGAAGGGGCCCCCAGGGAGCUCCGGGGGGCCCCCCGGGGGCCCCCGGGAGCCCUCCAGGGGCCCCAGGGGCCCCUCCGACGGCCGCAGGGGCCCCCCGGGGGGCCCCCGAGGCCCCCUGGGGGCCCCUGGACUGGGUACUUGGGCCCCCGAUAUGACCUUCUGCAGCGUGGAGGGCCUCGAGCCCGCGGGGGCCCCCCUGGGGAGCCACCGGGCUGUGCGGGAGCCGCAGCAGCUGCUGCUGCAGCUGCCUGUUGCUGCGCUGCCCCCGCUGCGGCUGUACCUCCCGCUGCAGGUGGCUGCAGGAGCAGCAGCAGCAGCAAACAGCGUGACUCUAAAGUUUGCUGUUAGCUGCAGACCCAGGGGGGCCCCGGGGGCCCCCUGGCUGGCCCUGGCCGAGGGCCUCGUGGCCCUUUCGCGGCCCCACACUUCGGGCCUCGUGCAGCUGUGCCCUCCCGGGCGGGGGCCCCCCGCGCGGGGGGCCCCCAACAGGGGGGCCCCCCACAGCUGGGGGGCCCCCCACGGCUGGGGGGCCCCCCACAGCUGGGGGGCCCCCCGGCGCCUCUCGAGGGGCCCCCUUCCCUUCGCAGGAGUUGCCAAAAUUGAGUGCUGCUGCGCGGGUCUUCUUUUCGUACCCACUCCAGGGGAAAGGAGGAGGCAGCUGCUGCUGGCUGCUGCCAAGCGCGCCUCCCACAGCCAGGACGCGCAGCAGCAGCAGCAGCAGCAGCAGCAGCUGAAGCAGUUGCAGCAGCUGCAGCCCGAGCAGCAGCAGGAGCAGCAGGAGCAGCAGGAAUACCAAGAGGAGGAGGAGCAGCAGCAGCAGCAACAGGAGGAGGAGCAGCAGCAGCAGCAGCAAGAGCAGCAGGAAGACCAAAUGGAAACCGGGGUCUUCCAGCUUGGAGCUUCAAAUGAAUACUUAGGGGCCCCGGGGGCCCCAAGCGGGUCUUCAAGGCGCAGCAGCAGCAGCAGCAAUCUAUUCUGCUGGCAGCAGCCCGCAGCAGCAGCAGCCUCUUUAGACGCCUUCUACCAGCAGCAGCAGCAGCUGUGGCAGCAGCCGCAAACACCUCUGACGCAGGAGCAGCUGCUGCAGCAGCUGCAGCAGCUGCAACAACUCCAGCCCCAGAUGCAACUGGGACUGCAGCCAGAGCUGCAGCAGCUGCAGCAGCUGCAGCAACUGCAGCAACUGCAGCUGCAGCAGCCAGAGCUGCAGCAGCUGGAGCAGCUACAGCAGCUGCAGCAGCUACAGCAGCUGCAGCAGCUCUACCCGCAGGUAGAGCUGGCACAGCAACCACAGCUGCUGCAGCUGCUGCAGCAGCAGCCGUCUGCGCAGCAGCAGCUAGCACCAUGGCUUUAUACUCAGUCACCCACAAGUGUUGCCUCUGGUCUAAACAAUGGUCAGCAGCAGCAGCAGCAACUGCUGCCGCAGCAGCCUCAGCAGCUGCUGCAGCCUCAACAGCUGCUGCAGCAGCAGCAGCUGGCACAGGGCCCCACGGCCCAGACUCCCGUCAGGGUUAUCUUUCAUCUCAGCCCUAACCAGCAGCAGCAGCAGCAGCAGCAGCAGCUGAUGCUUCUGCAGCAGCAACUAGCAAGUGAGCCCAGCGCCCAGACUCCUGUGAGCGUUGUGUUCCGUCUAGGCCCCGACAAGGAGCAGCAGCAGAACCAGCAGCAGCAGCAGCAGCAGCAGCAGCAGCAGCAGCAGCAGCAGCAGCAGCAGCGGGGGGUGGCCGGGGGCCCCGCAGCUGCUGCGGGGCCCCCCGUGCUGCUGAACUCCCCGCUGCUGCUGCAGCUGCAUGCAGUCUACCAAGACUCGGAGUGUCUGUACAUCUUCCGGGAGUGGCUGCUGCCUCCAGCAAAGAAGCUGGCAGCUUUGCUGCCGCCCCACAGGGGGUGUGGGUUGAGUGAAGCAGCAGUGAAGUUGCUGCUGCAGCAGGUGCUGCAGGCGGUGCUGCUGCUGCAGCAGCAGCCGCAGCAGCAGCAGCAGCGCCGGGGGCCCCUCAGCCUCACCGCAGAUGCCAUUUAUCAAAGAGCCAACGGCGGAAUUGCUUUGGCCCUUCCGAGGGCCUCUUGCUUCUUCAAGCAGCAGCAAAAAGGCCAGGGGCCCCCUGCUGCGCUGCAGUACAGGCCUUCCUUUCAGUACCCUCUGGGGGCCCCCCUGCUGCGCCGCCCCGGGGGGCCCCCUGCUGCGCUGCUGGGGGCCCCCGCCGCAGCAGCGCAGCAGGGGCCCUCAGCAGACUCGCCUCAGGGCCUCCCGCUGGCUUACCUUGCUCCCGAGGAGCUCGCCAGCCCUGCUGCUGCUGCUGCUGCUGCUGCUGCUGCUGCAGCUGCUGCUGCUGCUAGUGACGACGCUGCAGGCGCUGCUGCUGAAGCUGAUGCAGUUGCUGCCGGCCGCCCUGGAGCUCCUGAGACUGCAUCCCCCCCCGACGCUGCCACCGCUACUGCUGCUGCUGCUGCUUCUGCUGCUGCUGCUGCUGCUGCUGCUGCUGCAGCGGACAUGUGGCGUGUUGCAGUGCUGGCGCUGCACCUGCUUUUGGGGGCCCCCCCCUUCGUGGCGAACUCAAGAGAGGCCUUGGGGGCCCUUUUGGCGCGGCGGGGCCUCAUAGGCGAACUGCUGCUGCUGCACCUGCCCCCCAUCUCGCUGCACUGCCGCGACUUCUUGGCUUCUCUCCUCCAACUAAAUCCUUUCAAGAGACUCACAGCGCAGCAGGCUUUGGCCCACCCCUGGCUAGCUGCUCCCCAGGGGGGCCCCCCUCAAUAG